AUGUACUCGCGCGAACGUCGCGGCGUCACCGCAGACGUCCGCUUCCUCCUCCCGGGCACGACGCACACCGCCAUGUCUCUCCCCCUGUUCCUCGUGCAGGCCAAGGCAGUGUAUCGACCACACCGCUCGAAUAUCUCGCAGGGCACGAGGAGUCCCGGAAACCACUUUUCUCCGGGCGAAUCGGUCUUCCCGGCGAGCGGAGCCGUUCUCGGGACAGGUCAGUGCCGUUAUACUCUCGCCAUUCUCUUCCUCAUCUCGCACCAGUACGAGCUCGACCCCGUGCUGGUGUUCCUCGGCCAGUCCGAGUCAACGCCGUUCCGUACACUCGGCAUCCGCGAGCCCUAUGUCAAGAAGCUUCUGCUUGGGCGCGCGAUCUGGGUCUCCGUCCUGGUCGCCGCGUGCUCCGUCGCGCUCACGAUGAUCUUCUGGGCCGUCCCCGGACACAGGCUGUGA